AUGAGUGGGAAAAGAGGGGAGAGCGCGCUCCUGGCCCAGCUGCGCAACGGGGAAUUCUCUCCGGUGGUGGUCCUGGAUGAAAACGGCCGGUCGGUCAGAGAUCUGAAGAGCGAGAGUCUGGCCAGUCUCCUCCUCGGUGCCCUUCAGUCAGAGGUCCAGUCUGCCUCGACGCACAUCUGCUUCUUACAAGGUGGAUUUGACGGGUUCUUCGCACUUUAUCCAGAGCUCUGCUUUAGCCCUCCUGUCAUGUGCUCAAAUCAUCCUGCUUUCAGUGAUUCAGAGCCCAUUGUUUCCGGAAGAAAGACUCCUCUCUAUGAUCAGGGUGGUCCAGUUGAAAUCCUCCCCUUCCUCUUUCUGGGCAGUGCGCAUCACUCAUCCAGACGGGAGACUCUGGAGCGAUGCGGGAUCACGGCUGUGCUGAACGUAUCCUCUUCCUGUCCCAACCUGUUUGAAGAGGAACUUCAGUACAAAACUCUGAAGGUGGAGGACAGUCUGGCCGCAGACAUACGUGUCCUCUUUCCAGAGGCCAUCCACUUCAUCGAUUCAAUAAAAGAGAGUGGUGGUCGAGUGCUGGUCCACUGUCAAGCAGGAAUCUCCCGGUCAGCCACCAUCUGCCUGGCGUACCUCAUUCACGCUCGACGUGUCAGUCUGAACGAGGCCUUUGACUUCGUAAAAUGCCGCAGACAAGUCAUCUCACCCAACUUAGCUUUCAUGGGCCAACUUCUUCAGUUUGAGACAGACGUUUUGUGCCCCUAUUCUGUAAUAGACAGAGAGAACAGUGGCACAUUUUGAACUUUAAUAUCUUGAACUGGCCCCUCUAACUUUCAGAAUACAGAUCUACUGGCCACAGCUUUGACUUCAAAGACUGUGACAGAUCUGCAAAGGUGCUUUCAGGAAGUUUUAGUUCGAUGUUAUCUAUGGGUGUACAAACAGAGAGAUAUGAGACUCUUAAUAAGGGGACCAAAUGAGGCAUCUCACCCUUUAAACUACACCAUGACAUAACUCAACUUGUUUGGGUAAUGUUGUAGAUGGCAUCAACUGACUACCUGUUCUUGAUUGUUUAUGGCAAUACAAACUAUACAUAGAUAAAUGCCUUUCUGUGUUUCCAAACAACAACGGCAUCGCUGACACACUGCUACACCCAAUAGCCCUCAUGGAAAAUGUAAUAAUCACAUGUCAUUUUGACAUUGUACUACUGACCCAAGAUAACUUGUAUAUGAGAUAUUGAUGAAACAGACAAACAACUUCUGUCAUGCAAAACUGGGUAAUGUAGGCUACUAAAGCAUUUUGUUUUCAUUUUAGUUUCAAUGGUAAUAUACGUUUGGGGUGUAUCAUCAUACUGUGAAAUUGUGUUGCAUCAGUCAAUGUUCCAUUUGACUGCAGUGACUGAUGCUGUGACCAUAUAAGGCUGUGACGUGUGGUUAGUCUUCUGUCUGGUAAAUGUCAAGAUUUUCCAUGAAGUUACUGUCUAAUUGUCAGUCUCGAGCAAGUUUUAAAGGGCAAAGACCUGACAAACUGUGAUCUUAGGUCAUUUUAAAAGUAAGUUUAAUUGUGUUGCGAUAGAUAACAGGCACUAAAGCCAUUUUGUAUUUUUUUUUAUAAAGUGUUAUUUUAUUUCCUUUUUUUUGUGAAUAUUUAUUUAUAUAUUUUCAUUCAAGCAAUGCACUUUAAAUUACAAUUGUUUUGAUAACAAUAUCUUUUGUAAGCUGUGUGGUUCACUUAUUUCAAUAUGUAAAUAAAUGGGUUCAUUUGUUUAAUGCA